CUCCUACCUCCGCUCCGGCGAACUCCGACGAGGUCUACGACGCCGCCUCCACCUUCUACUACGUCUCCUCCGUAAGUUCGACCAUCCCCAGUCAUUAACAUUUACCGGAGCAGGCUGAUUCCAGCAGCAUGGCGAGUGCCCAAGGUACCAGCAGGCAAACGAAGGACCUGAAGGCUGCUGCUUCUUCCUUGAAGUUUAAGCUCAAAAAAGGAUUUCAGACCUCAGUUAUUCCACCUCCGAGUCACAAAGGGUGCGGAUGCAAGAUAUCGAGAUGCAGGAUGAAGGUCUGUCCUUGCAUGAAGAACAAUUACAGGUGUACCUCCAAGUGCACCUGCCGAGGAUGUGAGAAUAGACCUGCGGCGAAAGGGAAAGAGGCUAAGGACCCAGACACGGGCUCUGUCAUGAACGAACUACCAGAACAGGCUAAGGAGCCGGCGCAGAAGGAAGAGCAAUCCAAAGAAUCUCGGGAGAACAGGGGCCCCGGCAGGAUAAAACGACCACGAAACAAGAAAUGAUGACAGUCGUCAGUUCAGUCACCUUUUGUGCAGUGAUGAUCAUAGUCUUCAGUUCAGAGGAUGUCACCUUCAGUGCAGUGAUGAUGUCAGUCUUCAGUUCAAAGAAUGCUGCCUUACCACCCUGAACACGCCGUCCAUUCUCUGUUCAAAUAUGCCACUUCCUGUCAUUUGAAUAUGGGAUUG